GCCCACAAAGGACAUCACGUCCAGUAACAACGAUACGUACUGUGUCCGGCAAGUGGGUGGCUCAUUGCGAUAAAAAUAGUGCUAAAAUCUGAAGACGGUGGAAGUUUCUUUCGAAACAGAAAUAGCUGUCAUUUGCGAUACACCGGAGUGCUAUUUAUUCAAAGGUGAUUUUUCAAAUCAAAGAUGAAUUUUGAGCAGCCUCCUCCAUACAAUGGCCCCACUGCUCCAGGCUACCCAGGCCAGGUCCCACCUCAGGGUUACCCUGCACAGGUGAACAUGGCACAGCCUAAUCCUGCUUACCCUAACUACCCUCCUGGACCAAUGGGCCCUGGAGGUCCCUAUCCUGGCCCAGGACAGCCUCCUUAUCAAGCGUACCCUGGACAACCACAAUAUGGCUGGCAAGGGGGACCCCCUCCUGGACAAAUGUAUGGGGAAGGUCCCAAAAACACAGUGUACGUGGUGGAGGACAGGAGAAGAGAUGACACAGGAGACACAUGCCUGACAGCCUGCUGGACAGCUUUGUGCUGCUGCUGUCUUUGGGACAUGCUGACAUAACAUAUUCUCCAACUGUUCACUCCCAUUGCCCCCAUCUCUGUGCCUCGAUCGUCUCCCUGUUUUCCAUCUGUCUGAAACCUUGCACUCCCUUGAAAGCUCCCUUCCAUUUCCUCUGCAAGUCUGAAGCUCGUCUAUAAUUAUAAGCCUUGAUUGCAUAUGGGCAUCUUGAUUUGAGGCCCUCAGCACUGGCUAACAGACCGUGUUCAAGGGCUACUCUGUAGCAGCUUGUAGCUGAGCUUCUAAACAACAGCAAACCUGAAUCUCAGGCUCUUCACUAUAAUCUGCGACUGUACAGAUGCACACACACACACACACACACUAAGGUAGAUGUACAAUGACACAUACAAACAUAGAGUGUAUUUAAAUCUCAGGUUCAUUUAGUGUGAAGCUCUUUGGCACUUUAUAAUGAUUACCUCUGUAAGAUACUACCCCUGCCUACCCUCUCAAUCAUCUCAGCGCUCCUUAACCCCCCAUUGCUAAGAGCAACCGCUUAUUCUGGCCCCUCCUUAUCCUAAAGGCCACCAAGACCCUGGCUGCCAAUGAGCCACAGGGUGCUCUUAUGAAGCUGAUGCUUGAAAUGUAUCCCUUUCAUUUGCACAGGAGCUGUUUUUGCUGAUGUUUGUCUUCAAGUGAAAUCAUAUGACAAUACAUGGAAUGCAUUUUUAAGGAAGGCAUUGAUUAUGUUUGAUUACUGUUAACAUUUGAUGGCCUACAUGUUUUUAUUUCCAUGGUGAACGUGAUAUAAAUUAUUAUUCCAAUAUUAUUUUCAUUACAUGCCUUGCACAAAACUAUGAAAAUAUGAAAAAUAUUUGAUGGCUUAACCGAAGAAUCCCAAUGAUCUCUCUGAUACCAUUUUGCUUUGGAUGAUAAUCUCGCAAUAAAAAUGUAUUCCCAUUAAA